UCAUGCUUUCCCGAUAGCCACGUGUUACUUAGUUGAAGUCCUAAAUUUCAUGUUCAAGUUUCCCUGGUCUAUGCGGUACCUAGGUACGACGUAUUACAUAAUAGACUAUACCUUACGUAACGUGGGGGUGGCUGAAGCUUGAAAGAACUUGAACGCGACGCGAUUGAAGACUCACUCCUUUUAUUUUUCAUGUUCUUGGCUUCAUCACUUUUAAUUUCACUGGCCAGCCCAGCCUCUUCCAGAAAAAAAUGUGUGGUAUCCAUGCAGUCAUAUCCACAGUUGCCAUACCAGAUAUAUCCCCCGAGCUGAGACAUUUGUUGUCUAAUCGUGGACCUGAUUAUUAUGGCCAAGUCUGCCGUGAACUUCCCUUCGAGAAUGGCGAUUCGACUGUCCAUCUCAACUUUACUUCCACCGUUCUGGCUUUGCGAGGGGACCAUGUUGCAAAGCAGCCCUUGGAAUCAUCUCCCAACGGAUCCAUCCUAUGCUGGAAUGGGGAAGCUUGGAAAAUGAAUGGGCAGCCUAUUAGCGGAAAAAACGAUGCCGAGUUUGUCUUGGCUAAGCUUGACUCAUACUCGUCUGAUCUUGAAGCUCGACAAUCCCAUAUUCUGAAUACUCUUCGCCAAAUUGAUGGCCCAUUUGCAUUUGUGUUUUACGAUGCCUACUCCAAGAGUCUCUUCUUCGCUCGGGAUCGUCUUGGGCGACGAUCGCUUCUAUUUAAUCUAGCAGAGGAUGGCAACUCGAUCUCAUUCUCCAGUAUCGCGGACCCUGCUACCGACUGGAAAGAAGUUCAGGCAGAUGCCAUCUAUUCUAUAAAUUUAAAUACUCAUCUGGCGACACCUAAGGCAUUCAAGUUUGAUACAUGUUUUAUCAAACAUGAUUGGGUUCUAUUUGCAAGCGAUCACAUGGUUUCGGGGAUCGGUAGUUUCAAUGUGACAUUGCCACCGCCCGAGCACAAGCUGGACUUCGAUUCACCAUCAGUCGAAAUCCUCAAGUAUCAGUUAUGUGAAUCGCUCAAGUUACGUGUAUCGGACAUUCCAGAGCCGCCACAUACUCUUACCGACGCGGACGUUCGCGUCGCGGUUCUGUUCUCUGGCGGACUUGAUUGUACAAUGCUUGCGAGACUAGCUCACGAGUUCAUCCCUGCGAACCAGGGAAUAGAUCUGAUUAAUGUCGCCUUCGAAAAUCCCCGUCAGGUUGCAAUAUAUAAAAAGCGACCAGAUCCACCGCCGGAUAUUUACGAAGCCUGUCCGGAUAGAGAAACGGGCCGCAAGGCUUUUGCUGAACUGAAGUCUACCUGUCCAGAUCGAUAUUGGCGUUUUAUUGCAGUGAAUGUGACGUUCGAAGAAGCCAUGAAACAUAGACCAAGAGUCGUUUCGCUUAUGUAUCCCCACGAAACAGAAAUGGACCUAUCUAUUGCUUUUGCGCUUUAUUUCUCUGCACGAGGUAUCGGCUAUUCCUACAUAGACAAGACCGAGUGGAAGCAAACUGCACCGACAGUUACCUCACCGGCUCGAGUUCUUUUAUCUGGCCUUGGUGCAGAUGAACUAUUUGGUGGUUACUCACGACAUGAAGCAGCUUUCAGAAAUGGACAAUACCCGCGUCUUAUUGAUGAGUUGAAGUUGGACAUUGGUCGUAUCGGGCAAAGAAAUCUAGGUCGUGACGAUCGAGUGAUGGCUCAUUGGGGCAAGGAGGUCCGUUUUCCUUAUCUCGACGAAGAAUUUGUCAGGUUUGCUGUCGGUUCUCCAGUUUGGGAGAAGUGUGACUUCCAAAAUCCAUUUCACCCUGCCGUCAUUGAUCCAGCCAAACGAAUAAUGAGGCUGCUGGCCGAUAAACUUGGACUACCGCGGACCGCGAGAGAAAAGAAGAGAGCGAUCCAAUUCGGCUCAAGGACAGCGAUGAUGGAAACCACGGGUAGACAUCGCGGUACACAAAUCAUUGCCCGACCAGAGCCCGUUAAAUGCUAG